AACAAGUGGAAAGAAAAGAAAAGAACGAAAACUAAACAUAAAAUAUGGAAGAAAAAAAAAAAAAAUAUAUAUAUAUGAAAAACUUUUUAUGCGCAUAACGAGCGUGAAGUGAAGUAAAGUAAAGGAAGGCUGGCAGGCAGCAGCCGGCAAGUAAACUUUUCACAGUUGUUGUUCGACAAGUCAAGGAAAAACUUGUCACCGAAAAUGGAACUCUCAAAGAUCAUAACAAUGUUUCUCUGCCUUUUGGCGGCGGCGUCAUCCAGUGCAAACCAUGGUUCGCAGGAGCAAAAAUUUUCAAAUGCCAGCCAAGAACUGCCCGAAAUCCAUGGCAAUAAAUUCUAUUAUUUUGGGUUUGGUAGCAAUAUGUUGAAACAGCGUAUACAUAUACAGAAUCCAACUGCCAAAAGAAUUGGAGCAGCUCUACUUCAGGAUUAUCGAUUGGAUUUCGCAGGACCUCAGAAUAUACGCUGGAAUGGAGCAGUUGCCACCAUAGUGCCCACACCGAAGGAUUCUUUAUGGGGAACUCUCUGGGAUAUUGAUCUAGGCAAUCUAGCUGAUAUAGAUAAUCAGGAGGGCGUCCAUUUGGGUUUGUAUGUGCCAGUUACUGUUCAAGUGCAAUUGAUAGGCCAAGAGGACAAAACGAAUUUAACCGCCGCUCGUGCCUACAUGCUUACGCAUCAGCCGGAAACUAAUUUAUAUGAAUUUCCAGACGAUCAGGUGCCCGAAUCGAGACAACCCUCAAAAACCUAUCUCAAAUGUCUUGUUAAGGGAGCCAUUGAAAGUUCUAUUCCCCAAUCAUACAUCCAGAGAUUGCGUUCCAUUAAGCACAAUGGACAAGUGGACAGUAAUUUGCAGGAGCUGCUGCAAUUGCGAGAUGUCCAAUUGUAAUGAACUAAUUAAACAAAAUUAUUAUAAAUCGCAAUAAAAAUGAAAUUGUUUAA